UUACUCCGGAACAGAGGGAGAAGCGCAGAGUCAGGAUGCGCGCCCUGGUGGCGAAAAAGAGAGAAAUGCAGCGCCGAGAGUUGGACUUGUUCAACGAACUAAAGACCAACGUUGUCAACCGGCCCAGCGCCAGGGAGAUUGUGGAGUAUUGGAUAAGCAAGGUCAAAGCGACCAACGUGCCAGAUGCCGCGAAAGAAUGGCGAAUCGCCGUCUUGGCCUUGGUCAAAGGGGGCGAGGCCGGAGGGUUGGCGACAUUUGAGCAAGAUUCGACAAAGAUGGGCGUCGUGGAAAGUUUUUUCAUGGGGCGGGUCGACUAUGACCGCGCCGUCACGAGGAAGCACCACCAGGCAACGAGGGAGGCGAGGAAGGCGAUGACGGAGGAGGAGCGGGCGGCAGAGAGGCGGAGAGUGAGGGCGGAAUUGACGAAGGAGCAGAAGAAGAGGAAUGCCGAGAGGGCGAACAAGUGGCAGAAGAAGAAGCGAGCGGCGGCACGCGCGGCGAGGGGACUUGAUCAGGGGGAGGAGGAAGAAGAGCAGAGGGGGAUGACGACGAGGAAAAUGUCCAGUAAUCGAGGGAGGGGAAAGAAGACUGACGUGGCGAUAGGACGAGAAGAUCACGGUGGUGGUGGGGGAGAUGACAGUUUGGCGACCCUGAGUAGUCAUGGUUCCUCUGAUUCGACGACGAGCAGGACUGAUUCUGGUGGUGGGGAUGAUGAUGAAAGUAUGAAAGAUUCUUCGCACCAAAUUUCGAAUCCGCCCAACAUUGACCCCUACGCUCUUCGGGAUACAAGUUUAGGAGACUUGUUAAAUUUUGAGAACAUCUUCCCCGCACCACCACCUCCACCAACUCUUAUCGAAUCCAGCUCAACCUUCGUUGAAGAAGACGUCGAAGAGUUUACACCAGCGGAUUUUGUCAACGAGCACCCGAUGCAACAUCCACCUGCCAAUGAUGUGAAAGUAGAAGUGAUCGAAAUUCAGGAAGACGACGAUGACCUUCCUGAUGUUUCCUCAUGUAUCUCUCCACCACCCAGAGAGGAAAUUAUUACACGAAGAAGAAAUUUAGCAACAAAUCGACCCACUCUUUAUCACUAUAUGAAUAAAAUCCCCCCUACUCUUCCUGUCCCCACCAGUACAAGUCUUGACCAAGUGGACAAGCUCACCCUGACCCCCGUGGUAUUGUUGGAACGAUGUGAUAAUACCGACCCCCCGAUCAAACCUCGCUAUUCCACUAUUUCGCCAAGUCGGACCACCAAUAAAUAAAUAAAAUCAGUUUUAACUACUCAUUAAUUAAGAAAUAAAGACUGAUUAAAAUUUAAGUAAUUAAUUAUAAAGUUAAUUAAACAAUUUUGCAAACAAUUCCUUAAAUUUCUGAACUCACAUGAAAUUCUUACGUGAUGAAAACAAAGAUUUUCACCCAAAGGCUCAAUCACAUCCAACGUUGCGACAAAAAUCCGAAAUAACAAUGGCUUUUACGGUAAUAAAACUUAAUUAAAAUGCCCAAACUCUUAAAUAUUAUAAUUAAAAUUAGUAAUAAUCCCCAAUUAGCUAAUUAACAUCUCCAUUAACCACAUCAUUCUCCGCCACAUGCUACCUGGACGCUCCCCCAUGCUCGGAGCAACCCGCAACUUCCCUCCACCACCUCCACCACCGCUCAACCCAAAGUCUGGAGAAGCAAGUCAACAGCCAAAAACCUCCACAUACACAAAAAUCAUAAAUAUUUUGAUAAUUAAGUAUCCCCUCCACAAUUACGUAGUUAUCAGUGGUGGAGAUAAAGAUAGUACUUAUCUUGAGAGGUGGUGUGGAAGAAAGAGUUAUAAAAGUCGCUGCGCCGGGUGGAAAAAGGUGAGAAAAAUGUUAUGUUUACGUCAAAAAUUAGCAAUUUUGCUCAAUUUUAACGGAAUUGUGGGAGGAGGCGGGGGUAAGAAGUAAUUUAUUAAAUUAGGACAAGGUCAAGGUGAAGGACCUUAAUUUUGGCAGGCCAGGGUAGGGACAGUGGUGAGAAGGUAGUAAGUUAUAAAUAUUUAAGAUGAACCGGUCAUGAAAACAAAAAGUUUGACCUGAUUCUUACCAAUUUAAUUUAACUCAGUAAUUAAUUAACUAUUCCAGGAGUAAAUCCCAUUUAUAGUUCCCCCUACUGCCGCUCCCACAUCCGAAUGGAUGGUGACGAAUCCCGGCGAAGAAGAAUGAUUAUCCAACCUGCCAACUUAUCGUAGUCAUAGCGACAAGUCCUCCACCGCACUCAAGGAAAAUGGGGACGGGACGGACGUGCGAAGUCUGCUCUGAGCUUGCCUCCCUCCUCUCGUCGUGUAAGUUAAACAUUAUUUUACCCCCCACAUAACUUUCUUCCCCCAUAAACAAAAUGCGCU